CUUGUGUUCUUGUGUCCAUAUCCGAUAUCUGAAAUUCGGUGUCCGUAUCGAUAUUCGUGUUUCCUAUUUCCAAACUAGUCUCCGUUUUUCAGGUGAAUAAAAGAGACCGCGCUCUUGAAUGGUGAGUGAUCACUGGUGAGCACAUCAUCUCUCUCUAUAUAUAUAGUAGCAAUAGCCCUCUCCCUUCCCAUAAAAAAUGGCAUCCUCAGCCUCCACCACGCUCUCCUCUCCCUUCCUUCGACUGGAAUUACCCUCCAGAACAAAGAAACGAUCUUCAUCAAUUAUUCCUGUUCCCUCCAUCCGAGCCUCUGUCUCCGAGAAACCACCGCUACCGGCUGUGUCGGUUACCUCCCCUGAGCCAAGCAAGCUCCCCAUCCGCAAAAUCCCCGGCGACUGCGGGUUCCCGGUGAUCGGUCCCUUGAAGGACCGGCAAGACUAUUUCUACAAGCAGGGCCGCGACGAGUUCUUCAAGUCCCGCAUCCAAAAGUACCAGUCAACUGUCUUCCGUACCAACAUGCCACCUGGCCCCUUCCUCGCCCCCAACCCAAACGUCGUCGUUCUCCUCGACGCAAAAACCUUCCCCAUCCUCUUCGACAACUCCAAGGUCGACAAAAGAGAUGUUUUCACCGGCACCUUCAUGCCUUCCACCCAACUCACCGGCGGCUACAGAGUCCUCUCCUACCUUGACCCCUCCGAACCCAAACACUCCCUCCUCAAACAACUCAUGUUCUUCCUCCUCAAAUCCCGACGCGCCCACGUCAUCUCUGAGUUCCACGCGUCCUACAAAGACCUCUUCCACGAGCUCGAAGCCAACCUCGCCGAAGCUGGCAAAGCCAGCUUCGGCGACGCCAACGACCAAGCCGCCUUCAACUUCUUGGCACGCUCCCUCUUCAACUCCAACCCCGCCGACACCAAACUUGGCCGCGACGGCCCUAAAAUCGUUCAGAAAUGGGUCCUAUUUCAGCUCGGCCCAAUCCUCCGCUUGGGCCUCCCUCAAUUCUUGGAAGAAUCAACAAUCCGGAGCUUCCGCCUACCGUUCUCUCUGAUCCAAAAAGAUUACCAGAGACUCUACGAUUUCUUCUACCAGUCUUCUGGUUCUGUGCUAGACGAAGCGGAGCGAUUGGGGAUCACGCGCGAUGAGGCUUGCCAUAAUUUGUUAUUCGCCACGUGCUUCAACUCCUUCGGCGGGAUGAAGCUGUUCUUCCCGAACGUGUUGAAGUGGAUCGGACGCGCCGGGGUGAAGCUCCACGCGCGCCUGGCGGAGGAGAUUCGCUCCGCCGUGAGAGGCGCCGGCGGGGAGAUCACCAUGGCGGCGAUGGAGAACAUGCCGCUGAUGAAGUCGGUGGUGUACGAGGCGUUCCGCAUCGACCCGCCGGUGCCGUUGCAGUUCGGGAGGGCGAAGAGGGACUUGAUCAUCGAGAGCCACGACCACGCAUUUCAGGUGAAGGAAGGGGAAAUGCUGUUCGGAUACCAACCGUUUGCGACGAAGGAUCCUAGGAUCUUCGAGAGGGCCGAGGAGUUUGUGGGGGACAGGUUCGUCGGGGAGGAAGGGGAAAAGCUUCUGAAACACGUGCUGUGGUCCAAUGGCCCUGAGACCGAAUCUCCGACAAUUGGGAACAAGCAAUGCGCCGGAAAAGACUUCGUCACCUUGGUUUCGAGGCUUCUCGUCGUGGAGUUUUUUCUCCGCUACGACUCGUUCGAGAUUCAAGUGGGAACUUCUCCAUUGGGUUCUUCCGUUACUAUUACUUCCCUAAAGAGAGCAAGCUUUUAGUUAAUAAUUGUUAUUAAUUUUGUUUUUGACAGGCUAGGAUCAUGAUAUUGUAUGGUUACAUUUUACAUAAAAUGUCUUGAUUUGAUUUUCUUCCUAUAAUUAAGUCUUACCUAGUCUAGAAGAAGCAUUCAACUAAGAAAAGAAAAGUGUAAUUUGUUCUUUUGAGUUCUUAUUCAGGCGGCUUUUCCCUGCUUCUGCUUUAGACCUUUAACAUCCCAUUAUUACAAAUGUCUGGUAACAGCGUUUUGGGCAAUCAUUAUAGUUUCAUGGGGUUA